AUGGGAGAGUCUGGCACCCAUAAACUCUCCUCUUUUCCCCCUUCAUCUUGCAUGCACAACCAUCACCAUGUAUGUCGUGAACAGAGGAGGCGAGCGCUGGUUUGCAUCAGGGAGAGAGGUGAGUCGCUGUUCAGAGUGGCGAUGAACGAUUGGAUGAUGGAGGUCAGAUCGGAAGAUGGAGGGAGGCGAUUGGAGAGUUCUGGUGGCGGAAUGGCAAUGGGCCGAUGGCCGGCUCUCGGAUGGUCGCCGUUGGAUUCACGGGACGCGAUCGAGGGAGGCGAUUGGCCGGCGGAGGAGCUUGAAUUCUCUUCGUCUUCUUCUUUUCUUCGCGUUGUGUGUUUUUGUAAAGUUUGA